AUGAAGCUAUCUCAAUUCCUCAGCGUCGCUGCGGUGUGCGGCUUUGCAGCUGCAAGCCCUAUCCCAGACAAUGCCAUCGCGGAGCGCGAGAAUUUAUAUCCCAGACCUUACACUCUGAAGAUGGGGGGUGAUGCGUUUAAAAAGCGCGAGAAUUUAUAUGGCAGACCCUAUACUCUAAAGAUGAAGGACGAUGCGCUUGAGAAACGUGAGAACUUAUAUACCAGACCAUAUACUCUGAGGAUGGAGGGAGAUGCGUUUAAGAAACGUGAUCCCCAAAACACGUACGGAAAGGCUUAUACCUUGAAGAUGAAGGAUGAUGGAUUUGAGAAACGUGAUGAGUAA